GCUAGGAGCAAGCCUGGAGCGAGGCUGGCAACAGUUGCCAAUCUGAGUAGAGACUCCCGCUUUGCAAAAAAAAAAAAAAAAAAAAAAAGCCGGGAGGAAAACGCCUGAGCAUGCAGAGUAUGAGUCUCUGUCUGCCUAGGCAGUGUCUUUGCCUGGUCUUCCUGCUCCUCCAUCUCCUGGGACAGGUCGCCGGGAGCGGGCAUUGCCCCAUUCCAUGCCUGGAAUCCCCCACCUGCGACCCGGGGGUGAACUUGGUGAGGGACCACUGCUCCUGUCUGGUGUGCUCUCGCCUGCGGGGUGAGAGCUGCUCCGAGACGCAUCCGUGUCAGGAGAGCAGCGGCCUCUUCUGUGACCACAGCGCCGACCCCAGCAACCAAACUGGCAUCUGCAUGGCCAUAGAAGGCGAUAACUGCGUGUUUGCUGGGGUCAUUUACCGAAGUGGGGAGACCUUCCAGCCGAACUGCCAGUUCCAGUGCACCUGUCAAGAUGGGCAGGUGGCCUGUGUGCCCCGCUGUGAGGAGGACGUACUCAUGCCAGGCCCCGAGUGCCCAGCUCCCAGAAAAGUCAAAGUGCCCGGCGAGUGUUGUGAAAAGUGGGUCUGUGACAUGAAUGACACAUUACAGGACUUCCUGACUCUGCCAGCCUACAGGUCAGAAGCCACCGUAGGAGUGGCCGUCUCUGAUUCAAGUGUCAACUGCAUUGAACAGACCACAGAGUGGAGUGCCUGCUCCCGGAGCUGCGGGAUGGGGGUGUCCACGCGGGUCACCAACAAGAACCAGCAGUGUGAGAUGGCCAAGCAGACCCGGCUGUGCAUGGUGCGGCCCUGCGGGCAAGAACAGAGACCACCCCGAGAUAAGAAAGGGAAAAAAUGUCUCCGCACCACGAAGUCACUCAAAGCCAUCCACCUGCACUUCGAGAACUGCACGAGCCUGGACACCUACAAGCCCAGGUUCUGUGGCUUCUGCAGCGACGGCCGCUGUUGCACCCCCCACAACACCAGAACCAUGGACGUAGACUUCCGGUGCACCCCAGGAGAGCUCGUCAGGAAGUCAGUGAUGUUGAUCCGGACCUGCACUUGUCACUCCAAUUGUCCUCAAAACAAUGAAGCCUUCCUCCAGGAGCUAAAGCCAAACACCAGUAAAGGGGGGAUGUAACCUGAACCCCAAGAAACGCAACCACAAAAAGCAAAGGUCACGUCGCAUGACCAUCCUAUGAAUUGUCAAAAUUUGCUGAGAGUUAUUCUUUCACCCCUGAGCUCUAUGUAUUUUCUGUGGUCAUAUGAGGUCAGUUAUAUGAGUCUUUUUUUUUUUUUUUAAAUGAAAGAUACGAUUAACUGUAAACUUGGACUCAGUGUUAGCUCAGGAUUUUCCUUUGGGAUGUUUUAUUUGUCUGGAAGGUUUACUCCAAACUAAGAUGGUUAUGCAUUUUAAAAUACCAGAUAUAAAUUUUACAUUGUACACUGCAUUACAAUGCACUCAUUUUUGUUAUACGUUAGUGAAAUUUCAAGAAAAUGUCACUGGAAGGAAUGACAGAGGGAAAUCCAAGAUUAUGCAAAACAUGUGUCACCAAGCAAAUAUUUUGAGGUUUGACUCGAGGGCUCUCUGCUGAGCUCUCUUUUGAAAUAGCUCAACCCUGAAUUCCAAGUCCAGGGUCUGAGGAAACAGCUCUUCAUCUUCCAGAGACUGUUUUUCUGUUUCAUUGCACAGUAGGAAAAGUACUGUAUCUACAGUGUAGGAUGAUUGUUAACUAAAUGAACUGCUGCCAUAGCAUGCUCCAUUCAGAUAAAUGAACUCCUUUCUUCCAGUAGAAAGAAGCUAACAGAAAACUCCCCCUAACACAGAUGACCGGGCAGACUGGCCUCCUGCAUUGUCUACUUGAGUCCGCUAGGGGGUCCCUCAUUUUUCAGUCAGAAGAAGCAGAGCAUGUCAGCAGAGAACCACUCUUCUUAUUAUAAGGAAACUGAGACACAACAAAGCCCCUGAUGACAACCUUGGAUGACUUUCCAGUGGGUUUGUAGUGGAAUUUUGAGAAAGAAGAACAAAAUUGGUAUGACUGUGGUGACCAGUUACCACCACUUUUAGGGGAGUUUAGAAUGACUGUAGUCAUUUCCAAAACUCACCCUUGGGCCAAAAUUAUGCAAACUCAUCCACAAGAUACAUAUGUACACCUGUAUCUAAUUUGUCAGGCUAAAAGAUAGGGUGCAAAGUUAAAUGUUUACGAUUUUCUCAUGUCACCAUAUGUGUUCAGCUUUUCUCCUUUGAAGUAUUUAUAUGAAUGUAAAUUAUAUAAAAUAUUCUUUUACUUCCUCUACUUGUUAAACAUAACUAAAUAAACACUAUCUUUAUCAAUGUGUGACUUUGUUA